AUGAGAUCUACCGCUCUUCUGUCUCUGCUGAGCCCAGCUCUCGCUGCCACAUCCGGCACAUUCAACGUCCUCUCCUUCAACGUCGCCGGCCUCCCCGAAAUCAUCAACGGCAAUGAUGUCCCAGGCGAUAAGACCGAGAACACCAAGAUGAUCGGCGAGCGGUUCGCUGAGUAUGGCUACGACGUUAUCCAUGUCCAGGAGGACUUCAACUACCACGCUGCCCUCUAUGAGACAGACACCCACGCCUUCCGCACCGCAACCUCGGGCGGCGUCCCCUUUGGCUCGGGCCUGAACACCCUCUCCAACUAUGACUGGAUCGACUUUGAGCGUAUCAAGUGGGAGACUUGCUCCGAGGCGAGCGGGGCCGAUUGUCUCACGCCGAAGGGGUUCACGGUUAUGCGGGUGCGCUUUGAGGAGGGUGUUUAUGCGGAUUUUUAUAAUUUGCAUGCUGAUGCUGGCUCCGAAGACGAAGACGUAGAAGCCCGCAGCGCAAACCUGCAGCAGGUGGCGGACUACAUCGCCAACUACUCCCUGGGCAACGCGGUUCUUGUCUUCGGGGACACGAACGCGCGGUAUACAUCGUCUGGCGAGAAUGUCCGGGUCUUCGAGACACAGGAGGAUAUGGCGAAUCCGUGGGUGGAGUUGGUUCUGGAUGGCAAGCAGCCUGAGGAGGGCAUUGAUGCUAUUAUCUGUGAGAAUCCGUCGACGGUGAAGACUUGUGAGACUGUUGAUAAGAUUUUCUACCGUGGAAGUCCAGCCCUAACUCUAAAGGCGACAUCGUGGGCCUACGAGGAUGAGAAGUUCCUCAAUAACGGAUCCAUCCUCUCAGACCAUAACCCGAUAGCCAGUGACUUCAGCUGGACGAAGUCAGACUCAUUCCGGCUAAGUGACCUAUACGGUGGUCCUCACGGCACCUGGUUCAACGACCUCCUCAACCUCCCCACCACGAGCGGUCUCAAAACAAGCACGAUCUCGCUCUCCGGCGAAAACCGCGUCGACAGUAUCUCGCUCACCCUGUCAAACGGGGACACGAUCACGCACGGGGGCUCAGGCGGGACAGCGCAAGAACUCACCCUUGCUGACGAUGAGUACUGGACAAAGACCCGGCUCUGCCAGGGGAAGUAUAACGACCACACCCGGAUUUUCUAUAUUGCCGUUACUACGGACCAGGGGAACUCGGUUAGCGUGGGCAAGGAGACGGAUGAGUGUGUUGAGUAUGAGGCGGAGGAUGGCUGGGGGGUUGUUGGGGCUUGGGGGAGGAGUGGGGAUGAGGUUGAUAGGUUGGGGGUUGUAUAUGGGCCGGUUGUGUAG